GACUUGUAGAAGAGACGAGAGCUUUUGACAUUUCUCUUGGUAUCUCACACGUGUCUAGCUGUUACUCGUCAUUGCUUCGCCGCAUAACCGAGUCGUCUUCAUCCUUUUCUAUAAAUCUAAACCCAAAGACCUCUUCUCUCUCUCACAAUUCAGUUUCUCAAAAUCAAAAGAAAACAAUCAAUCCUCUCUCAAAUCGCGAGUUACGAUCAAGAUGCAGAUUUUCGUAAAGACUCUCACGGGAAAGACGAUCACCCUCGAGGUGGAAAGCUCAGACACCAUUGACAACGUCAAGGCCAAGAUCCAGGACAAGGAGGGGAUCCCUCCGGACCAGCAGAGGCUCAUCUUCGCGGGCAAGCAGCUCGAGGAUGGCAGGACUCUAGCUGACUACAACAUCCAAAAGGAGUCGACUUUGCAUCUCGUCCUCAGGCUCCGUGGUGGUAUGCAGAUUUUCGUUAAGACUUUGACGGGAAAGACCAUUACUUUGGAGGUGGAGAGUUCAGACACUAUUGACAAUGUCAAGACCAAGAUUCAGGACAAGGAGGGUAUUCCCCCCGACCAGCAGAGGCUGAUCUUUGCUGGAAAGCAGCUUGAAGACGGCAGGACAUUGGCUGAUUACAACAUUCAGAAGGAGUCUACGCUUCACUUGGUCUUGCGUCUACGUGGAGGCAUGCAGAUUUUCGUUAAGACACUGACCGGGAAGACAAUCACUUUGGAGGUGGAGAGUUCAGAUACUAUUGACAACGUGAAGGCCAAGAUUCAGGAUAAAGAGGGUAUUCCUCCGGACCAGCAGCGUCUGAUCUUCGCAGGCAAGCAGCUCGAGGAUGGUCGCACCUUGGCUGACUACAACAUCCAGAAGGAGUCGACCCUUCACUUGGUGUUGCGUCUACGUGGUGGUUUUUAAAAUCUCUCUUCUUGCGUCUCUGUUAUGGUUUUAAAAGUCUUGCUGUUUCCUUUGGGGCCUUGUGGUGUUCCCUUGAUGAAUAAUUAAUCAACUAUGUUUGCGUUCUGAGACCUCUCUUUGUUUUAAAGACAAAUCGAAUCUCUCUGUUGCAAUAUAUCGUCUUUGCUUUUAAUUA